GCUGCACUUCCCUGUUCCUGCUCCUCCCAGCUCAAAGAUGGCAGCCAUGGGACAGAGAUGAGCGACGACACGAAUUUAGGAGUUUUGUCAUGAAACCGCAGAGGGUUGUACAGCUGUUACGUGCAUGGUUUUAACAUGACAGCGGUAUAGUUUGUCACUGCAAAUAUGUCGUCUUACAAAGGCAAUUAAAAGGUUCAGAAAUAUCAUGUUUUCCUGUGGGCUAAGCUAGCAAGCAACGGUUAGCAAAUAAAUGAACCUGUGUCUUCUGCCACUCAAGAAGAAAGCAGCAGCUCUGCAUACGGUGGAUUGACAUCUUGCAAGCUCAGUUUCAUCAUGGCCAUCACUCAGUUCCGUCUCUUCAAGAUCUGCACAUGUCUAGCCAGCUUACUCUCUUUCUUCAAAAGGUUGAUAUGCAGGAGUGGAAGGGGCCGCAAGCUCAGUGGUGAUCAAAUAACUCUCCCGACAACAGUGGAUUUUUCAUCUUCGGUACCAAAGCAGUCUGCACCGCCAGAGAUUGAAGAAUGGAGUUCUUGGGACGAAGAGGCUCCUACAAGCAUUAAGAUUGAAGGUGGCAAUGGAAACGUUUCCCCUCAACCCAAUGAGAUGGACGACGAGCCCGAUUACUUCAAAGACAUGGCUCCUACCAUCAGGAAAACACAGAAGAUAGUGCUGAAGAAAAGGGAGCCUUUGAACUACCUGGUGCCUGAUGGCUCAGCAGGUUUCUCCAGCAGACUGGCAGCCUCUCAGGAUAUGAUGACCUUCAGUCCACCCUCAGCUGAACUGGGAGAAAUGGAUAACUGGCAGGAGGACGCAAAUGCCUGGGAGGAUGAGUCUGAUGCAGCCUGGGAGGCAGAGGAGGUGCUCAGACAACAGAAGAUGGCAGAGAGAGAAAAGCGGUCCAUGGAGCAGCAGAGAAAGAAGAUGGAGAAAGAGGCUCAGAGGAUGAUGAAGAAGGAGCAAAAGAUUGCCGUCAAGCUCUCGUAACAUUUUAGAACCGCUCAAUUUUGAGCCAAAGGGAUGGGAGGGGGCAAAGACACUGAAUCAAUCAUCAAUCUGUCUUUACAGUCAUCAUACCGACCAGGAUUACCACCCCACACUACUUAUCUGUUAGCAAACUAUCCUCUUUCUCCACCCUGUUUCCACCAGCAGCCAUUUUAGUCUGUUAUCCAGCUGCAGCAGUGAAAGUGCAUCAUUCUUGAGGGCAGAUAACUCACCUGGUGUACUCCCUGUUCAUGUGGCAAGGUCAUUUUGGUCUUCAAGGGAAAACUGUAUUCAUGCGAUCCUCUUCAUCUUAGGUUAAAGGUUAGAAGCAGCAUUAGAGGGUACCACUUAGAGAUUCUGAUUAAAUUUGUCACGUAGCGUAGAAAAAUCUUUUGGUUUUUUUUCCCCAGGAACAUUUGUAAAUAAUCAGGUACCUGUACUACUUUAUGAGACUCAAAUAGGGAGUACACUUCCCUUUCUUUGUCUUAUUUACAACCUCAAAGGCGAAGGAGUGUAAUUAAUUUUAAGCAUCACUGUAUACCAGUGACAUCCCUCAGUUUGCUUGAUCUUUGUGUUUUUAUAUUUAUGUCUUUCAUCGUCUUUUUUUUUUUUCUCUAAUGAAUGUUGCUUGGUAGUUGACAUUAUCUCCCUGUGCUGUGCAGCCCUUAGUACACUGGAUAUCUGCAUUAAAACAAAGGCUGAGGAUUAUCAGUAUGACUAAGGAUAAAUGACCAUAGACUAGAAUCUAGCCCAACUAUAAAUGUUAGCUAUGGGUUCCUAUGGUAAUCUCAUGGCUACUGAUCUGCCAUUUAUUCUUCUCUGUCAGUUUUUGAUAUUGAGGGAAAUUGUCCAGUAAUCACUGCUUUGAUUUUUUUUUUUUUUUUUUUGUCCAAGGAAUGGGAAUGUUACUUUGCUCUUAAAUAGCUGAUCCGCUCACUGCACAGACGCUGAUUUUCUAAAACAUGGAUCACCAUCACAGUGUAAUCUCAGACCGGAUACCUUGGCUUGUUAGAAGAUGGAAGAACUUUUUUUGCUUCUUUUCUCAUCUGAAAAUCCUGUUAUGCAUCAUUAUAAUGAAAUUACCAGGCAGUGUUGGCAGUAUUGGUAUCAGUGCCAGUAGGCAAGCUGUUGUCAUGGGAACAUUGGCAGGUGGAGAAAGGCCCAUUAUAAAUAGAAACAUGCAGACAUGAUAAAAUAUGUCUGGUCCGUGACGUCUGAUAAAAGACUUGAGUGGAGCCGAGGAAGGUACAUUUCCCACUGAAUGUUACAGUUUGAAAAGCUUUGCAAUGCUUCUAAAGAAAUAUUUGGUCAAUGUCAUCCAGCAAUGAUUUACUGACACUCAGAGGAGCUGUUUGUUUUAAAACUUACAUGAUUAAAUGACUGGUUAAUGCAUG